UGUAAAGAUUUUCUGAGUUUGCCUGUAUAAGAAUCUUAUAUUUUCUCUCUUUUUCCUUUCUUUCUCUCUUAUUGAAUAACAUAGAAUGAAAGAAGAGACAGAAUCGCAUUUCAUUUUGCCCAUUAUUAUCAUGUCGAGUGUAUGUCUUCUUGUUCUAUUUAAAUAUGGUGGAUUUUAUUAUCGUUCAUGUAUCAACAUGCUCUGUUUCUUGUCUAUGGCGAUCUAUGGUACGAUCAGUUCAUUAGUGUUUCCCUUGAUUGGCAAACGACAUCUCAUCCAGUGGUCAGUGGCUCGUGGCUAUUAUUAUCUUGGUAAAUUCUUUUGUGGCAUUGAAGUCAAGGUGGAAGGACAAGAAAACCUUCAAGAGAUACAAGGUCCUGCUAUUUAUGUCAUGAACCACCAAUCCAGUCUGGAUGUCAUGUUGAUGGGUAAAGUGUAUCCUAAAAAUACUACCGUCGUCGCUAAAAAACAAUUGAAAUAUUACCCCUUUUUGGGUUGGUUUAUGAUAUUGAGUAAUGCUAUCUUUUUGGAUCGCAAGAAUAGAGACAGUGCUGUCAAAGAAGCCCGUAAGGCGGCAGAAGACAUUCACCAGAAAAAUAUCAAUGUAUGGAUCUUCCCUGAAGGUACCCGUGGUCAUGCUGGUAAAAUUGACCUACUUCCUUUUAAAAAGGGUCCCUUUUAUAUGGCUGUACAAGCUCGUGUUCCUAUUGUACCUGUCGUUUUCUCUAAUUACUAUGAUAUCUACAGUGCUAAAGAGAAACGAUUUACGAAUGGCGUUGUCCGUUGCAAAGUCUUGCCUCCUAUCCCCACAGACGGUGUUCAAGAAGCAUCUGCUGACAUUGAAAAACUUGCCACUGGUUGUCGCGAUCAAAUGUUAGCUGCUCUCAAGGACAUCACUGUUCGUAAAGAUAAAUCCCAAUAAUAUUUCUUUAAAAUGAUAUAUUUGUGUCAUUUAUAUAUAUAUAUAUAUAUAUA